UUGAGCUUCAAAUGGAGAUAUGGUGCUGUUUGUAAUAAUUUUGAACUAUUUAUGUGUGAGUUUGAUGAGAGUAUUUGAAUUCCUUCGUCUCCGCUAAUGGCCUCAAAAUCUGGUUCCAAAAUUCCUCCUAAACAGCAACAGAAGACAAACAAAUCUGAGCAGGCUAUGCCCGAAUGCAUUCUCCAAUCUGUAGGGACUGCACCAAAACAAGUUAUGGCAGAGGCUUGUAAAAAGAAAAGGUCACCGAUUCUAGAUCAAGAUGGUUCUGUUGAAUCUUUAACUACGAAAUUGGAGUCAUGCUCAUUUUCAUCAUGUGCUAAAAAAGCAUCAACUGAAGUAGAUUCUUCUGUUUGCAAGACUAAAGAUUCAUUUGAAAUCUUAGCUGAUCAAGAAAAGAAAACAUCAGACUAUGUAAGUGUUAAAAACAGCUCAGUAUCUGCCAAAGUUAGUGAAGGGACUAGUAGUCUUGCCAAGAUAAGUGACCGUCUUGAGAGUGGCAAGAGCAGCAUGUGCAGAGGUAGCACAAGUAGUGAUGUGAGUGAUGAAAGCACAUGCAGCAGCUUUAGUAGCAUUAUCAGCAAGCCUCACAAAGCGAACGACAUGAGAUGGGAAGCUAUCCAGGCUGUCAGAGCAAGAGAUGGGAUUCUAGGUUUGAGCCAUUUUAGACUGUUAAGGAGGUUGGGUUGUGGGGACAUUGGGAGUGUCUAUUUGUCGGAGUUGAGUGGAACUGAGUGUUAUUUUGCAAUGAAGGUUAUGGACAAAGCAUCUUUAGCAAGUCGUAAAAAGCUGCUUCGGGCCCAAACAGAGAGAGAGAUACUGCAAUCUCUUGAUCAUCCCUUCCUUCCUACACUUUACACACAUUUUGAGACGGAGAAGUUCUCCUGUUUGAUAAUGGAAUUUUGCCCUGGUGGAGACUUACACACCCUUAGGCAGAAGCAACCCGGGAAACGUUUUCGUGAGCAGGCAGUAAAGUUUUAUGUAGCAGAGGUCUUGCUAGCGCUGGAAUAUCUUCAUAUGCUUGGGAUCAUCUAUCGUGAUCUUAAGCCAGAAAAUGUUCUUGUGAGGGAAGAUGGCCAUAUAAUGCUCUCUGAUUUUGAUCUUUCCCUUCGUUGCGCUGUCAGCCCAACUCUUGUCAGGACGGCUUCUCUCAAAUCAGAGCCAUUAAGGAAGAACCCAGUUUACUGUGUUCAGCCUGCAUGCAUUGAACCUUCCUGCAUUCAACCAACUUGCGUUGCUCCGACAACUUGUUUUUCUCACCGUCUCUUUUCUAGCAAGUCCAAGAAAGACCGCAAGCCAAAAAACGAAAUUGGGAACCAAGUUAGCCCAUUACCUGAGCUAAUAGCGGAGCCAACCGAUGCUCGUUCAAUGUCAUUUGUCGGCACUCAUGAGUACUUGGCUCCAGAGAUCAUCAAGGGUGAGGGCCAUGGAAGUGCUGUUGAUUGGUGGACUUUCGGGAUGAUCUUCUACGAAACCUUGUUCAGUAAAACCCCUUUUAAGGGAUCUGGCAACCGGGCAACAUAUUUCAAUGUCGUAGGACAGCCUCUUCGGUUUCCAGAAUCACCCUUUGUGAGUUUUGCAGCAAGGGACCUCAUAAGGGGACUACUUGUGAAAGAACCACAACAUAGAUUGGCUUAUAAACGAGGGGCAACCGAGAUUAAGCAACAUCCCUUCUUUGAAGGUGUGAAUUGGGCAUUGAUUCGUUGUGCUACCCCGCCUGACAUUCCAAAGCCAGUCGAGCUUGAACGAGUACCAGCGUCACCAGCAUCAACAAGUGAAGAGGCUGCUGUCAACGCAGCAGCUGCUUAUGAUCAGAAAGGUUCAGACAAUUAUUUGGAGUUCGAUUUCUUUUAGCACUUUUUGCCAUUA